CGCGGGCUCAAAAUACAGUGCGUUGACGUCACAUGGAGGUCUAGAAUAGCUCACAAUCCUCUAUAUAAAAUUCUGUGCCGAUACGCAAGGGCGAGCAUUGAAUCAAAACCUUCUACACUUCUAAAAUCGUCAUCUGAGGGAGACUAUAGUUUGAAGAAGAAAUAAUCUUGGAUCUAAGAUUCUUACUGGGGCGUUUAAGCGAAAAGGUCAUCAUGGGCAACGAUCCGUCGAAAAAGGGAAACAAGGACAAAACAGCGCCUCCUAAGAUAAUACACAGAGGAAGGAACGACGCAAAACACAUUCGCUUGCUUGUUGUACACGAAGAGUCAGACCCGCCGGUAGAUGUUAUAGAUCAUUUCUGUGAUGCUGUGAAUGCUUUUAAGCCUCAAGGAAGCUUAGAAAUCAAACAGCGCGAUGUAAAAGUGUGGCAAUUGGCCGGCUCGAAAUCUCCAUCAGAAUCUCGCCUAACGGAAGUGAAUCAAUGGAUGUCAGAAUGGUUGAACCAAAAUGGUGUUGUUCUCAUAUGUUUGCUGUCGAGUCAGGAAGUUCAGCCUUUCGCAGACGACAUUGACUUGCAGAGCGGAAAAAUUGUGCCGUUCUCGUUUGGUAAAGCUCCUGCAAACUGGAAGGAAUGUGUUUCUCUGAAUAUUGACCUCAAAGCUGUAGAAAGCCCUAAAGAUUUUGAAGGUCCGUUAGAAGAACUUGUUGCCAGUGUGAAAGCGGAGUAAAUAUUGAAAAGAAACAAGCUUAUUUUCUCUGGAAAGCAAACUUUUAAUGAAAUGAAGUGUCAACGAACAUGUAAAGUAAAUGAAACCACGAUUAAGGUAACUGAUAGAGGAACACUGUAACUGGUUCGAUUUUCGACCUUGUCAAAGCCGGUGUCAUUGAUGUGUAAUCAGUUAUUAUACGUCAAAAAGAUCUUAUUUGACUAAAAAUUUUGUAUCCAAUAAUAUUCCCGUUUUUAUAUUUUUAUUAUCUAAACACGAAUACUGGAAAAUACACCACUAUUAAAAUUUAUGCGAAAUCACAUCCGGGACUCGAGUGGUGUAUUUUCCAUAUCCUCAUUAUAGUGAAGAUAUCGAUGACUAAUUUAAAAUAUCAUGUUUGACCCUUAACGGCUGUAUAUAAGAUCGAAAUAUCUUCAGAUCUUUUUCGGAGACCUUCUGCAAUCCUCGGUUAUCUCCGUCUUCGGAAACCUCCGGACAUUUUCGGAAAAUGAGCGUUGACUACGAUUAAUACGUGACAUUAUGCUGUUGGCGAUUGCGUUACGAUUUAAACCGUCUGAAGACAAUGUCCCGGGAUCGGGAAGGGACUACCAUAUGAAAAGGCUGGGAAUGAUGAUCGGAAAAAUUGAAUUAAAUCCCUAGAGGAGACCAAUCUGAGCGUGGUUCGAACUU